AUGGCAGAAAUAUCCGAAACGAAAGAAGAUGCUGUUGACGUCGUUAAAGCUGUAGAUGAUGCAUCGACCGCGGAUGACUACCUACAUGGUAGCCGGCUGACUGCUCUCGUUGUGUCACUCAUGCUCGGAAUGUUCUUGGUCGCGCUCGACAAUACCAUUCUCGGCACUGCCAUCCCCAAAAUCACAGACGAGUUCCACGAUCUCAAUAAGGUAUCAUGGUAUGGUUCGGCAUACUUCAUGACCUUCGGAGGUGGGUUCCAAUCAACAUGGGGCAAGCUCUACAAGUAUUUUUCGCUAAAGCUUUGGUACCUGAUUGCCAUGCUGAUCUUCGAGAUCGGAAGUCUGGUUUGCGGAGUGGCCAAAGAUCCGACUACUCUGAUCGUUGGCCGAGCGAUCGCAGGCGUUGGUGGCUCUGGUGUUGCCGUCGGCGUCUAUACCAUGAUCGGCUUCGCUGCCUCUCCUGAGAGACGUCCGCAGCUUCUAGGCUUUGUUGGAGCGACAUAUGGCAUCGCUGCAGUUCUUGGUCCUCUCGUCGGCGGUGCUUUCACUGACAAAGUGUCAUGGCGUUGGUGCUUUUACAUCAACCUGCCGAUAGGAGGGCUAGCGGCCAUCGUCGUCUUCUUCUUCUUCAAAGUUCCACACAACGUCAAGCCUGUGCAGGCAUCAUUGAAGGAAAAGAUUUUGCAGUUGGACCUUCUUGGAGCAGCUCUCAUAAUGGGUCUGAUAGUUUCGUACAUCCUAGCCCUACAAUACGCCGGACAGACACACCCAUGGGACAGCAGCCAGGUCAUCGGAUUACUGGUAGGUUCUGUCGCUAUCGCUUCAGUCUUCGUGUGCUGGCAGUUCUAUCAGAAAGAACGUGCUAUGGUCGUCCCACGACUGAUGCUGCAACGCCACGUCUGGGUGGGCUCGGUCUUCAUGUUCUUCUUCGGUGGCGCAUACUUUAUCCUUUUAUACUACCUGCCAGUGUACUUUCAGAGCAUUCACAACGCCUCUCCGAUUGGAUCUGGUGUCAGGAUGCUGGCUCUGAUCAUUCCGUUGACAAUUGCUGCCAUUGUUCAAGGGUUCGCUUUACAAAAGAUUGGUAUCGUGCCUCUGUUCUGGAUCGGUGGUGGUGCACUGGGAACAAUCGCCGCUGGCCUUUUCUACACGAUGGACGCCAACACUUCAUCCGCUAAGUGGAUCGGCUACCAGAUCUUAGCCGGAUCUACAACUGGUUGGACUUUCCAAGUUGCAAUCGCGAACGCGCAGAUCCACACCAAACCUGAGGAUUUGUCUCAAGUCAGUGCGAUCAUCAACUUUUUCCUCGUUAUUGGUGGAUCAUUCUUCAUCGCCGCUGUCCAAUGCGCUUUCAACAAUCAAGUGAUCAAGGAAGUCGUGAAGAAGCUACCUGAUCUCGACCCUGCUAUAGUACUUGGCACGGGCGCAACACAAAUUCGUGAACAGUUCACGGCCUCGCAGAUAUCCAUUGUCCUCGACGCGUAUAUGGUUGGACUCAAAGCUGUUUUCGCCAUCACGAUUGCUGCUUUUGGCAUUGCUACACUUGUGGGCUGUUUCGGAAGCUGGAAAAGACUUGAUGAAGCAGAAAUUAAGAAGGCCGCUGGAGGCGCUGUAUAG